CACUGUAAACAACACAAAUAAUGGUCGUACUUCAAAACUUUCCGAUUAAGAUAAUGCUGGAAAAUGUCAAACUUUUCAAUGGAAAUGUCAGAUUGAACCUGCCAUCACUUGGUGUUGCCUAGGCCAGAAACUUAAAUAGCAGCCCUCAACUUUCCCCAACAGCAAUAGCCACGUCAUCAGCACAACCGACCGUUUUUAUACACUUUUCUUCCAGAACAACAUGUAAUGGAAAUAGAGGACACUGUCCACCUCCCUGAGGUGUUCAUCUGCUGAUCCAUCGUUUAAGUUCUACCGUUCUUAAGCCUGUAAACAAAAUACAGCUCAAUGGCCUCCCGGCAUUUGCUAUUGGCCUUUCUUGGUUUUUUCUGGUUUACAUUGGAACUAGCCGGGGCUAAUCCCUUAAAAGUAGCAGAAAGUGAAGUGGCCACAGAGUUCAUCAUUUUACACAACAACGAUAUUCAUGCCAGAUUUGAGGAGACAAGUGCUAGCAGCGAGAAAUGUACUCAGGAAUUGGCUAAGGCUAAUAAAUGUUAUGGUGGUAUUGCCAGAGUGGCACAUGUAAUCCGAAAACAUCGCCAGGAUGCCAAAAACGGUGGCAUUCCCACAUUAUAUUUGAAUGCUGGUGAUACUGCCACUGGAACGCCUUGGUAUUAUUUAUUCAGGGAUGAUAUAGCAUCGUCUUUUCUAAACAUACUUCAACCAGAUGCUGUGGCCUUGGGAAAUCAUGAAUUUGAUGGUGGUAUACCUGGUUUAUUGCCAUUCUUGGAGAAAGUCCAAUUCCCUAUAGUAGCUGCAAAUUUAAAUCUCUCCAUGGUGCCCGAAAUGAAAAACAACAAAAAUCUCUACAGUUCCAUGGUCUUGGAUGUUAAUGGUGUCCAUGUGGGAGUUAUAGGCUAUGUGACUCCAGAUACUUUAAAUAAAACCAUGACCAAGGUUAAUAUAUUUACAGAAGAAAUUCAGGCCAUUAACAAAGAAGCUGAUACUUUGAAAUCCAUGGGCAUUAACAUCAUCAUUGCCUUGGGCCAUUCGGGUUUCGAGAAGGACCAAGAAAUUGCCUUGAAAUGCAAAGAUGUCGACUUGGUGGUGGGAGGUCAUACCAAUACCUUUUUAUAUAAUGGCGAUCAACCUGACAUGGAGCGCAUUGUGGGACCUUAUCCCACUGUGGUGACUCAAGAGAGUGGUAAAUUGGUGCCCAUAGUGCAAGCCUAUGCCUAUACCAAAUAUUUGGGGAAGCUACAUGUCAAGUUCGAUCAGGAUGGCAAUCUUUUGGAAUUUGCAGGUAAUCCCAUUAUCCUCAAUGCCGAAGUACCACAGGAGGAGGAUGUCUUACAAUUGCUGGAUGUCUAUCGCCCCAAAGUCAAUGAAUUAGAGGCUGAUAUUGUUGGCCACACCAAGGUACAUUUGGAGGGCCGUCGUUCCAUAUGUCGCAAACAAGAAUGCAAUAUGGGCAAUCUGAUAACUGAUGCUAUGGUCUAUGCGAGAAUUUUAGAAGAUUUUGGUGGAGCCUAUUGGACGGAUGCUGCUAUAGCCUUUAUGCAAGGUGGAGCUAUUCGCAGUUCGAUUGAAAAACGUUCAGAUGGCUCAGUUCUCGCCAUUGAUGUGGCCUCGGUGAUGCCGUUUAAAAAUGAUUUAUAUGUCAGCCAAAUAAGUGGCGACUCUUUGCUGGAUGUCCUUGAACAUUCUGCCUCUAUGCGUGAAACUGAAUCCAAAGGUGGAUUUCUUCAAAUGUCUGGAAUCCAUGUAACCUAUGAUUAUAAUAAGCCCAUAGGCAGUCGGGUGUCUAAGGCAAAAAUCCUAUGCUCCAGCUGUGAUACACCCUCAUAUGAAGACCUGCGUAAGGAUCACAUGUAUAAUGUUAUAGUUCCAUACUACUUGAUGAAUGGUGGAGAUGGCUACAAAUUUGUGGAGGAUAAUGGUCAAAAGCCUCAUCGCAUGCAAAUUAAAGAUACUGCAGCCCUUGUGCAAUACCUAAAGAAGCACGAGUUUGUAUAUCCUGUGGAAGAGGGAAGAAUAACAAUUAUACAAAAGCGGGAUGAAGGAUCCUAGGUAUUAACUUUCGGCACAAAUUUUCUAUAAAGAAUAAAUUUUAUAUAUAAUAAAAUCAUAAAAAAAAUCUAUAAGAUCCCCCAUAAAAGAA